AGCAAUAGCCUUCUACUUCUUUGAACGCAAUGAAAAUUUGGUUCCACACAUUUCUGGAAAUAAGCACGCGUUUAGUAUAAUUCUCAGUGAGGUUUUGCGGUAGAAGCUUUUUUUUACAAACCAAAAGCAGUUUCACAAACACAUAUAUAAAAAUAAAUUGAUCUACCUGCUUUGACAAGCUCACAGGCUGUUGAAUGUUAUCUAGUAAAGAAUAACUUUUACAAUAAAUUUCGUGAUAAUGCGGAGGUAGAUAAGAGAUGAAUUGUGCAGCAGAUGGAAGCACGCGAGAAUGGAGUACACGUUGCCUUUCCAGCAUCUCCGAGUAACUUCUGUUGCAUUUCCUACAGACGUCGUAAGAAGCAUUUCCUAGCACUGCCACAGCAGCGAACUUUAUCGACAAAAAGAAAUAAUUAAGAAAAGGAGAAGAAAAGGAGGCUACCGUGAGAGGAGGCUGGUCGAAACAAUAUUAACGCGUAUUCUCGAUGCAGUGACACGUCGGUGUGUGGUAGGUAGUUAUCCAAUUGACAGUGCCCCCGUCUGACAUAGUUCAGUCGACGACGAACUCAGGAUGAUUCGACUACGUCUCUGGUAUCAGUGACGUUCUUUCGAGCUUGCGUUCCGGUAGCCAACAAAUUACGUUUUACCGUGUGUCGUUCGUUCAACGGUAUUACGAAUCGUGGAAGAACAUUGUAACGUUGAAAAUCGAGAUGAAGAUUCCCAUAUGGGUGAUGAGAGACGCGAUUGUGUUUUGGGACCAGAUAACUGGUCCGGUAACAAUGAAUACGGUCAAGGUUGUCCGUUGUCAGUGAUCCGGUUCUUUUUCUGGGUGUUAAUAGAGAACUUCGUCCACGAGGGAAAGGAAUCGAUCGCUUCUUUUGGAAUAAACGCGUAAGCGUAGAAAAGGGGGGAUGAGAUGCGAACGGAUCAACGCAAUUGAUAUGGCAGCUGAUCUUUGCGCGAAUGGAUCCGUGAAGUCAACGUCCAGCAGAAUUGCGGGCAGCAUGAGGCAACGUAAGACCGGUACGUUGGGCGCCACGGCGCCUAUACCCGUGAAGGAGGACCGAUUGAAAUUCCAAGACAACAGGUUCUUGACGACAUUCGUACUCGGUCGAAAUAGAAAAAUUUCACCGGACGUCCUGCCUUCUUGUUCGCCGGGGAUUUUCCGACAGAAGUCCUUUCGCGCUUCAUCGCCGUCGAAAAGUGCUGGCGCAAAAAAUGCAUCAGUGACGAAUAAUCACGAGCACGCAUGCGCUGAUCUGAUCAGUCCACGUGAGUCAAAAACGUCUAACAGCAGUGCUCGGUCAAAAAGUGGUGUGUUGCUUCUUGCACGGGGCACCCGAGGUACCAGCAAGCACGCACGUCUUGGCACGGCACUGGCGAACAAAAUGGCGUCCUCGAGCUCUACCACGGUGGUGCAGGGCUGGCCAAACACCAAGGACGACUAUGAGCUGAAAGAGGUUAUCGGGGUGGGCGCGACCGCCGUAGUCCACGCGGCAUUUUGCAUUCCGCGGCAAGAAAAAUGCGCGAUCAAAAGAAUAAAUUUAGAAAAAUGGAACACAAGUAUGGACGAACUGUUGAAAGAAAUACAGGCCAUGUCCUCCUGUAACCACGAAAACGUUGUCACAUAUUAUACAUCUUUUGUGGUAAAAGAAGAGCUCUGGCUGGUCCUUAGGCUUCUAGAGGGUGGAUCCCUUCUUGAUAUUAUUAAACACAAAACAAGAACCACAAAUUGUAAACAUGGAGUAUUUGAUGAAGCUACAAUAGCUACGGUGCUACGUGAAGUACUCAAAGGUCUUGAGUAUUUUCACAGUAAUGGACAAAUACAUAGGGAUAUCAAAGCUGGGAAUAUCCUACUAGGAGAAGAUGGUACCGUACAAAUAGCCGAUUUCGGCGUAAGCGCUUGGCUCGCAACGGGUCGAGAUUUAAGCAGACAGAAAGUCAGACAUACGUUUGUGGGCACUCCAUGCUGGAUGGCACCUGAGGUCAUGGAGCAGGUGAGAGAGGACCAUGGUUACGAUUUCAAAGCCGACAUCUGGUCACUUGGCAUUACUGCAAUCGAAAUGGCUAGUGGUACUGCUCCAUAUCAUAAAUACCCACCAAUGAAGGUGCUCAUGUUAACAUUGCAAAACGAUCCUCCUACUCUGGACACUGCCGCUGACGAUAAAGAUCAGUACAAGGCAUAUGGUAAAACAUUCCGAAAAAUGAUCGUUGAUUGCUUACAAAAAGAUCCAACGAAAAGACCCACUGCGACGGAGUUGUUAAAACACCCAUUUUUCAAGAAAGCAAAAGAUAAGAAAUAUCUGCAACAAACUUUGGUAGCUAUUGGGCCUAGUCUUGAAACUCGUGUACAAAAGGCCUCAAAAAGACAACCUGGCACAUCAGGUCGUUUGCACAGAACAGUUACGGGAGAAUGGGUUUGGUCAUCGGAGGAAGAAGAUAGCGAUGCGUCUAGCGGAGACGAAGGCAAAGAAGCUUUACCGGUCAAUACGAUUGAGAACCCUAGCAGCGAAGAGGAGGAAGAAGAAUUUUAUGGAGUGGUGAAGUCGGCACCUAGUCAGCUUGUUGUGCAAGCUACAGACCAGAACGUUCCUAUCAAUUUGGUGCUAAGAUUACGAAAUCAGAAACGAGAACUUAACGACAUCAGAUUUGAGUUUGCUGUUGGAGUAGAUUCUGCUGAAGGCAUUGCUGCAGAACUAGUCGGUGCAGGUUUAGUCGACGGCAAAGAUAUUGUCGUAAUAGCAGCGAAUUUACAAAAAUUAAUAGACAGUGCCGGCCAAUUACGAACAGUAACAUUUUCAUUGAAUUCUGGUCAUGCAGCCAAUGAAGUGCCAGAUGAUAAAGCGUUAAUAGGAUUUGCUCAGAUCUCUAUCACCGAUUAAACACUUGCAGCGCAUUCAGAAAUUUCAGGAUACCGUUCUUGAGCAUCGUUCAGAGAAUGGAAAGUAUCAAAAGCUCGUUGAUAUUCUCAUAGUUGAGAAUAGUUUGAAAGAUUUACAAAAUUCGUAGCAUUGUCCUUUAUACUACAUUUUUUCUACAGCUUUUGCUACUUUCACUUCUUGUGUGGGUUUUAACAAAAGUGCAAUAAAGUACGCAAAAUGCAAGGCAUAAAUAUAGAGGACUCACUUUGUAUGGACUGUUUGAAUGCAAAUUCAAAGCUACGUACCGACACGAAGUUUAUGGGAAACAGAUUAUUUACGGAAUCUAAAGAAUUGUUCCAAAGAACAAUUUAAAAAAUUUUUGAAAAAUAUGUUCUUAUGCUUUGUUUUUUUAUAGAAAACAAAACUGGACAGAAGUUGUUAACUUGUUUGGAAUAAUUUACUAUAGCAAAAGGAUCAAUGAAUUCCGUCAUCUAAACUCUGAACCCAUGGCAUCGUCUCACGCAUACCCUUUUGUGUGCACGUUGACAAGGCAAGAGAACGGAUAUUCAAAACAGAAAGAAACAGUAUCACUUGUACUGGCUUAAGUUUUCACUCGCUCUAAUCAUUAAUGGCUGUAGUUCCACGUAUUCAAUUUAUAUCACUCAUUAUCGCAUUAAUUUCUAUGUAAAUAUUAGUAAUCGAAUUUCAAGUUAAGUAAGAUGCUUACCGUGAAUGAAAGACAGAAUUUCAAAUAACUAAGCAAAUGCGAAACAAUUUUGUCGAAGGUGCUUAAACAUCUGACUUAAUUAUUUGAAAUACAUUCAAAUGAAUAUUCUUUUUGCGGUUAAGAAUUUUUUAGUUGACACCGCACGUUAAACGCCGCAUCAUGUACUAAAGAAAAAAGCAGUUGUCGGUCUUUUGUACCGUAUAAAUCGUUUAGCGUAUUUUCCUUAUGCUUUAAGCUACAGGAUCGUAGAUGAUACGAAAGUACUAAUGAAACGUAUUUUGUACUUAAUUAAAUAGAGUUAUGAAUAGUGGAUUUAUUAUUUUCUGGCUUUAUAGAUGCGGAUUAGCCAGUCGAGAAGAAAUUGUUCACGUGUCUUUGAAAGAUUUAAUAAACGAGCACAGGUAUUUUUAGAAAUGGUCUAUAACCGUUUAAAGUUUUACUCGAAUCAGAUUCAACAUUAUACAUAUAUUGUGUACAGAAUUAUUUAUGUUCGAUAAAAUGAUUUCAUAAUGUCAAACAUACCUAUGUAUUCAUUAUUUUUUUUUGUUUACAUUUUUUUCUUCUGAUUCUACCGGACAAAUAUAACACCUAAAAAUGUAACUGUUUUUAGAAUAAUAUUUAAGAAAUCAGUUUACUAUACCAUUACUAGAUUAUCAUUUUUUUGUUUAAAAAAUUUAAGUGAAACAUGAAAGACUUGGAUUGUCUGAUACAAAAUACACGAGAACCGCGUUAACAGAUGGACUACUGUGUCAUAGAAAUUUAACUAUAAUUAGGAAAGAUCGAUAUUGAGAGCAGAAUUAGUGAUUUAUAAUAGAACAAUGACACAUGUAUAAAUCAGAAAGAGUAAUGAAAUACUCAGACGACGUUACUUGAAUUAUUAUGGAUACUAAAAAUUAAAAUGUAUGCAUAAAUGAAAUAUUUGUGGCUUAAAAAAUGGGUUUCACAAAUAAAACCUGAAUUUAAUCUUGUGAAUGAAACUUUUUAAUUAAACUAGAAUUCCUGCAGCUGUUGUAAGAAGUGGUUCAUUUUUGUUUUAGAUUUACAGUAGAUUUUUACGAAGCGUGUGCAAAAUAAAAGUCUAUUUGUAUUUAAUAAGAUUGUCAUAUCACAGCAAGAGAAACUGUUACUAAAAGAGUGAAUAAACUUCAUUUUAAAGCUAA